AUGUCUGACGCCGCGAAGCCCGACCCCACCACCGCUGCUCCUGCUGAGAAGGAGAAGCCCACCACCACUACCGAAGAGUCCAAGCCCGAGAGCGGGAAGCCCGCCGCCCCUAAGACGACGGAUAGUGUUUUCUCUAUGUUUGGCGGUGGUCCUAAGAAGGAAAAGAAGGAGGAGGAGGAGUCUCAGGAGGCUAAGGAUGAGCCUUCUGGUUCUUCCAAGGCGCAGAAGGAAGGUGAGGAGGAGGAAGCUCCCGAAUCCCCUGAAGUCCACUUCGAGCCCGUCAUCCGCCUCACCGAGAAAGUCGAGACCAAGACCAACGAAGAACUCGAGGAGCAGACCUUCAAGAUGCGCGCUAAGCUGUUCAGAUUCGACGCCAACAGCAAGGAAUGGAAGGAGCGUGGUACAGGUGAUGUCAGAUUGUUGAAGCACUCCGAGAACAACAAGACCCGUCUGGUGAUGCGCCGCGACAAGACCCUCAAGGUCUGCGCUAACCACUAUAUCGUCCCUGAUAUGAAGUUGAGCCCCAACGUCGGCAGUGACCGUAGCUGGGUUUGGAACGCAACCGCAGAUGUCAGUGAGGGCGAGCCCGAGGCUGCUACUUUGGCUAUCCGUUUCGCCAAUAGCGAGAACGCCAAUUUGUUCAAGGAUGCCUUCGAGAAGGCUCGGCAGGAGAACGAGAAGGCCAUUUCUCAGUAG